AUGACUCAGAAUAUUUCACACAAAUUCUCUCGUCAAUCUGUUACGCCAGAGGACAAUCCCACAGAUGGCAAGCUUGUAUUCGACAAGGACAGAGCCCGCUACCUCCACAAGGGUUUCUGGGCUGCCAUGUAUGACGAAGUAGGGGACUUGAAGUUUACAUUGGAAGCAGAGCCCAAGCCGCAAGGGGACGCUUUAUUGUUUCCUUACAUCUGUGGUGGUCGGGGCCAACCUGCCUUGGCCCACCCCUCCAUGACCGACAGCGACUUCUUGAUCCAUACGUUUCUGGACAAGGUCGAUCCGUUCGUCAAGGUCCUACAUAAACCGACGCUGCAGCUCGAGCUGAACCAUUUCCGCCGCGGUGUGUCGGCGAACCCAGCUGAAUUGGAGUGCCGUCUGUUCGUGAUCUACUCUCUAGCACUGCUGUCGAUGUGUCCGGCAUUGGUUGAGUAUCGCUUUCACGAAUCCAAAAAGGUGUUGCUUUCUCGAUUCCGCUCGCACGUGGAACACGGGCUGAGUCAAGUGAACCUGACAACAAGUCACUCCUUGUUCACCCUGCAGACAUUCUUGUUAUAUAUUACUCUUCUAUUCUGGACGGGUGAAAUGCUUCACGCCAGCAGUCUCUUGGCUGUCGCCUAUGCGAUGGCCAGGAGAAUGGGACUCAAUCACGAUGGGGCUCAUUUCAGUCUUUCUCCGUGGCAAAUCGAGCUUCGACGGCGACUGUGGCAUCACCUUGCGCUUCUGGAUGCCUGGGGUGUUGAGAAUCACGGGCUCCAACCGAUGCUCCAUUCCGGUGACGCGAAUACUUCUCUACCCCAGAACCAGGAUGACAGAGAUUGGGACACUACCGAGUUUGCCUCGACCCGUCCUCAGCAGCAGAACAAAUUCACCGACAUGACUGUGGCCCUGAUCCACUACGAGGUGGGCGCUCUGACCGUGUUUGUCAUCAACAACACGUAUACUCCCUCGAUGACGGUGCGUAGCUAUCUGGAUCUUCAGAACGAGGUCCUACGACAAGCCCGGUAUCGACUGGAGAUUCUGUACAUCAGAAAUCUGGACGAGAGCGAGAUCCUCCAGAAGCUAGCAAAAGACCUGUUCCACCAAGCGUUCAAACGGAUCAGAUUGGUCCAGCUCCAACCCAUCCUCAACGCCAAAGGAGUCGACGAAAGCCAGCGCGCCGGGCUCGAAGCCAAAGUCUACCAGCUGGCCAUCGACUACUGCAAAAGCACCCAGAAUCUCAUCACUUUCUACGCCCCCUACAGCCUCGACUGGGCCGUCAUCCGCGCCUUCUCAUGGCACUCGGUCGCCGCAAUGCUCUCCAUGGUCCUCCGCCACGAAGCGCUCAGCGACACCGCCGAAGCCCGCGCCGCGAGCAGCCGCAUCGAGCGGCUCUUCCAGAACCGUCCCUCGAUGGAUUACCUGGCUGGAAACGACAACCUGUGGGAGCCGCUGCGGAUCUUGCGCGCCGAACUGGCUGCGCGCGAGGGCGCUGUAGCGGCAGCUGCGGCUGCCGCAGCCGCCGCUCGAUCGGACAUGGGACUUGACGUGGUGGGCACCGGAGGGUCUGAUGCCAGCACGGACGGUUGGGCAGACUUGGUGUCAAUGACUUCGACGAGCAUUGAUCCUUCACUGUUUGGACUGGGCAGCGUUGGAGGGUGUGAAGGUGUCGAUAUUGAUUUUGAGACCCUGGCAGACCUGGGUCCCUUUACUUGA